AUUAGAUAUGGCCGAUACGACUAGUUAGUGCAUAUAACCCGAAAUCAAAAAAUUUCGGAUUUACUUAAUAGAAAAACGACAUCUUCGUUUGGUGAUCGCUCUUGAGCGCGAUCGCUAAUUUUCUGUUUUGCCUUUAGUUUUCUUUUUCUUUUUUUUUUCUAAAAAGUGAAAUUGGCUGCUUGGGUGGGUUUUUUCUAACAAGCGAAGAGAGUAUCACCACCCUUUACUGGGGUUGGCCGAAUAGACCGUUUCCUUCCUCACUUAUCGGCAAUAACAAUGGACCAUCGGAGCACAACCCCUUCAGCAUCAAUUAUCACUUCUAGGCGCAAUCGCAUGGUCACAGCAUGACUCACGACAAUGGGGAGUUGGAGGGGCGCCCACCCUAUAUCCACUCCAUGAUCGCUGGAGGGUUUGGUGGGACGACUGGUGAUAUGUUAAUGCAUUCGCUCGAUACCGUUAAAACUCGACAACAAGGCGAUCCCCAUAUACCACCCAAGUACACAUCAUUGGGAUCAUCCUAUUAUACAAUAUUACGACAGGAAGGCAUUCGGCGUGGGUUAUAUGGCGGCUGGCUUCCGGCGAUGAUGGGAUCUUUCCCCGGCACGGUCCUCUUCUUCGGAACUUAUGAAUGGAGCAAGCGACACAUGCUAGAUUAUGGCAUUCAAUCCCAUGUCUCCUAUUUACUAGCCGGUUUUCUGGGCGACUUUGCCGCAUCCAUCGUCUACGUACCUUCGGAAGUGCUAAAAACUCGUCUUCAGCUCCAAGGGCGGUACAACAAUCCCCAUUUCAAAUCUGGAUAUAACUAUCGUGGCACAUUUGACGCUGUAAGAACCAUUGUCAGAACGGAGGGGUUCGCCGAACUAUUCUCUGGAUUUAAGGCAACAUUGUAUCGAGAUCUCCCCUUUUCCGCUCUUCAGUUCAUGUUCUAUGAGCAAUUCCAAAGCUGGGCCCGCGAAUAUAAGAACAGCCGAGAUAUCGGGACUCGAUUAGAACUCCUGACCGGAGCUGCAGGUGGGGGGCUGGCUGGCGUUCUGACCUGUCCUCUCGAUGUAGUCAAAACUAGGCUACAAACUCAGAUUGACCCCAUUCCGAUCAUGGGCAAGCCAAAAGACCGCUCGGCUACACAAAGUAUCAAAGAUACACCACGCAAACCAGGGCAACCUCCCCCCGUGCGGCAAAAACGUCCUAUAUCAACAUCAUCACCUUCAACACAUACACCACGCCCAGGGGCUAUCCCAUUAGACGAAGAUUCUAUACUCAAGGGUCUAAGACUCAUUUAUAAGACAGAGGGGAUUGGUGGCUGGUUUAGGGGAGUUGGGCCACGUUAUGUCUGGACUAGUGUACAAAGCGGCUGCAUGUUGUUCUUGUAUCAGACAAUACUGCGGCAACUAGAGGUAUGGUUUCCAGUAGAAAGAUCUGAUAUAUCUUAGACUCCCGAGUCUUAAGACCCCCUUUUAAGGCUACACAGGAUUGCCAUGCAUUGUAUCAUCAACAGAAAAUAUUCGCACGGAGUUCAAGGAAGCAUGGAAAAAAGAGGGAAGGAUAGAUAGAUACAUGAUACAUAGAUAGAAAUCUCAAAUGACGUAUAUAGUAAGACCAAUAACAACGAAUUCAUGAUAAUCAUGAUGAUGGAUGUGAU